AUUGUACUCAAUUUGCAGUUUCAUUAAUUUUCAAGUACAACACUUGUAUCCAGUUAGCAAUUCAUUUGACGUAAUUUGGGACUCAUAAAUUUUUUUUAAUAAAAUACUGCCAGCUUAUGAGAUUUCAACACUGAGUAUUGAAAUGUUACCAACAUGUGUAUAUUUAACACCCAACACUAGCAUUUCUUUAGAAAAAUAACAAAAAAAUGUUCUCGAAAAAUAUUACGAAUAUUAAAAAAAAAAGAUGUGGUCAUUUGUUUCAGUCACUGUAUGUACUUAGUCACUUAUAUUUACAAGUAAAGAUACAACAGCAUUUACAUUUCGCUAAUUCGCCGAGAUAAAUUCAGUAGCUAUAUAUUUACUAAGGCAAUAUAUAAGUGUCACUAAGCUAAUAGAGAUCCAGAUAGUAAUCGAGUCGCAUUGACUACACUUCUCAAGUAUUUCUCAAGAAUGGCCGAAAAGUUUUUUCCAUGCGCUUUAGGUGAGUAAGGACAAUUUUUGCAGGGCAGCGUUAAUUUAACAAUGUACAUAUCUACAGCUUUGGUGUUAUUUUCGUUAGGAUUUGCAGACUCGUUUAUAUUCACAAAACUGUUGACCAACAUAUUUAACCAAAAGUUAUCUGCACUAAGCAAUAUUGGACUAUUUGCACCAAUUACAACUACGCCUCCAAAUUAUGUAGUAGGUCCUGCAAGUUCUGUGCUACAGCCUGGAGAAAUGUCUACAGAGAAUCCUGCACAAGGAGCUGGAGGAAGUCCCACAACGGAGAACAAUGGUGGAACCUCUCCUCCAUCAAACGGUCCACCAGCCGCUUUAACAAAUAUGCCACAGCCUGGUCCAACGAACGCUCCACCAUCUGAUGCACCAAACGCUCCACCGCCUGGCCCAACGGGAGCUCCUUCGCCCGCACCAGCAAAUGCUCCACCCCCUGGUCCAGCAGAUGUUCCUCCGCCUGAUCCAAUGGAGGCAGCGCCACCUGGUCCAACGAACGCUCUACCAUCUGAUGCACCAAACGCUCCACCGCCUUCCCCAAUGGACACUCCUCCGUCCGGUGCAGCAAUUGCACCACCUCCUGGUCCAGCAGACGCUCCCCCGCCUGAUCCAAUGGAGGCAGCACCCCCUGGUCCAACGAACGCUCUACCAUCUGAUACACCAAACGCUCCACCGCCUUCCUUAUUGGACGCUCCUCUGUCCGGUGCAGCAAAUGCUCCACUUCCUGGUCCAGCAGAUGCUCCCCCGCCUGAUCCAAUGGAGGCAGCACCACCUGGUCCAAUAGACGCACCACCCGCAUAUAAAUAGGCAGUCCUAAUAAAAAAUACAUACAUAUAUUGCUGUAAAUCGGGAAAAGUAUAUAAUAAAUAAAUUACUAUGUUUAACAAAUUGAAUUCAAUGUGUGCAUUAGUUAUUACCAGGGCCGAAGAAAAUAAGCACGAAAAAA